AUGUCGACUUCCCCGGAGCAGGAGGCAUCAGUCUCAUCUACAAAAGAUGCGACCGCACCGCAAAAUGAUCCUACCAACACCACGUCUGGAGAAGUCAAGGAGAAGGGUGCCGAGAAAACAAUAUCAUGCGUAUCGUGCAGGCGUAGGAAAUUGAAAUGCGAUCGAGUCAAGCCCAAAUGCGGGACCUGUGGCAGAUUAAGACACGAGUGCGAAUAUCCCGAGAGAAGGAGAAACACAGGUACAAAGAGGAGAAAUAUGAAGGAAUUGGAAGCUAGAUUGGCACAAGUUGAAACCCAGCUCGUGGCAGAGACGCAACAACUCGCUGCGAAUAACGCGAAUAACGCGAAUAAUGCGAAUAAUGCGAACAAUGCGAACAAUGCGAUUGAGAUGAACGUGAAUUUAGAUACGAAUGGGAAUAUGAAUACAAAUGCAGAUACCCAACCGGAGUGGAAUACUAUGAAUAUGGAUAUGGAAAUGAAUUUCACAGAUGAGGGAAUACAAAAUAUAGGAUAUGAUAUCUUAAGUGGAAAUAUCGGGACUGGAUCUUCAGUACCAAUUGGAGACUACUUCUCCCAAGAAGUCAUAAGUUUAGGACUACAAGAACCUCUGCCUCCCGAUAAUCUGAUGGAUGAAUUAUUCCAAAUAUAUUUCGAGAGAUUUCAUCCAACUUUACCUAUGAUACACAAGGGCCGAUUCUAUGCCGCUCUUAAUAUGCCCACAAACCAUAGACCGCCAGUUGCGUUGCGAUAUGCUAUGAUGACGAUAGCAGCAUCACUUUCGGACAACUACCAGAGUUAUGCUGAAAUCUUCUACGAGAGGGCUAGAAGAUACGCUGAGAUAACAGAGAUGAAGGGACAAGGAGAGGGUUUGAUGCGCAUACCCUCUGUUCAAGCUUGGUCACUCAUUAGUAACUACGAGGCCACAAACGCCUAUUUUGGUCGAGCAUGGAUGAGUACAGGAAGAUGUGCACAAUUAUGUCAUAUGCUUUCACUGCAAAGGCUUGAUGCAGAGGGACCUUUUGGAGGGAAAAGGUUACUACCUCCAUCAAAGGAUUGGAUCGAACAGGAGGAGCGACGAAGGACAUUCUGGGCAGCCUACUAUGGUGACAGAUGGUCUAGCUGUGCUACCGGAUGGCCAAUGAUGUUUGAUGAGGAAAAGGAAAACACAUGCUCGUUGGCUGCGGCAUUAACUCCCGAGGGUGCUUCCACGAUAUCAUCUUUUGCUGGAGUUAUCCUGUCAGCAUGUCUGUUCGGUCGCAAUGCCCAGCACACGCUUAAAAAUGGUCCAGAGGAAGGGACCAACGAUCUCGCCAAUGGUUCAUUUUGGAAGAACCAUAGGAAAAUGGACAACAUAUUGUCUAAUACAUUCAUGUUUCUACCUGACCACCUCAGAUUACCUGCUGGACUGAGGGAUCCAAACAUUGUCUUUUUCCAUAUGAACAUACAUUGUGCAACAAUCUGUUUGCAUCAAGGAGCAGUCAUGACUGCUGAGCGGGAAAAUAUCAGUCAAUCAUUUAUAAGCCAAAGCGAAGCGAGAAGUUUGAUGGCGGCCGAAGAAAUAACGAAUCUGAUGCGCCUCAUUAGUCAUCUAGAUGCAUCCAAGAUGAGUUCAUGGAUAGGCUUUUGUCUUUAUGUUGCUUCUGGUGUUAUCCUCCAGGAUACAAGGAAGGACAGACCAACCCCACAAAGUUCCAGCAAUCUAGAGUUUAUGAGAUCAGCUAUGAAGGCUGUUGGAAAAAAGCACAUCAUUGCGAGACACUUUCAUGCUCAACUUGAACUCGAGAUGAAGACACAGAGAGUCGAUCGCAACGCUAUGGCACACAGUCUUUAUGAUUUGCAUAACUCUACGGAAGUAGACGACCCGGAUGUUUGCGUUUUCCCUCAUACCUACCGAAGAAAAGGCCCAAAGAAUGAAUCUUCUCGUAGCUCAAUUGAUACCGGUCAAACAAGAAGCAUGUCCGCCAAUAAAUCCCCUCAAGCCACACAACAAACACCAUACGAGGCCAUCUCAAAAGUAGCACCUGCUUGGCCCUCUACAGCAAAUUUCCCUCCACAACCAAAUCAGCAAGGGGAUUCAGGAAGCGAAACAAUUGAUACUGACUUCAAUUGGCCUCCAACUGGAAAUACACCUUCUUCAGAAUCUUCGACUUCCAAUACAACAUAUCCGUAUCGUAAUUCAAAAUCUACUGACUCGAAUUCGAAUUGGAUUUUUGACCCAGAGGCAACGCGAUAUAUGGUAGAUCCGAUGGCGUUGAAUGGCUCGAAUAGAGAUCUGGGGAAUGAAGUGCAGGAUAAUGUGUUAUUGAAUGAUUUACUGAAUGGUACACCUGUGAGUUUUUUUUUUCGUGCUUUUAAUAAUCUAGGUGGGAUAAUAAUUAUCAACAUGUUGGUCUGGAUUCACGGCACGCUAGUGGAUAGGUUUUUUUGUGAGAUGUGGAGGAAACUUGUAUAA